GUUCUCAAGUCUGAGAAUAUUCUCAACUCCCCAAUUCUCAGACUCAGCCGCCGCCAUAAAAAAGUUGAGCAAAAUAAAAAUUCUCAAAUUCUGCUUUAUUCUCAAAUAUUUGAGUAUACAAAAAAGUAGACUUAAGAAUUUUCUCAAGCAAACAAAAUGGCUGCCAUUGUCAGACGUCGGCGUCGCAGAAGACAGAACGCGGUUCCAAUGAGGCGGCCCCGUGUUUUUCGAGACCUAAGUAAUCCUCUGGAAAGCCUUGAUGAGGAAGAAGUGUAUCAAAGAUACAGGUUUUCUACAGAAACCAUUCUGUUUAUCGUGGAUGGAGUCAACAACAUCCUAGAGACAGACACUGCCAGGAAUCGGUCGAUUCCCCCGCUGAUCCAGGUGCUCCUUUUCCUACGAUUCGUGGCCACCGGGGCACACCUGCGACUUGUUAGGGACAGUUUGAAUGUGUCAGAAUCGUCUGCAGGAAGAGUGGUAAAAUCUGUGGCAAGGGCAAUUAUUGAGGUGUUCACACACCUUAUUAAAUUCCCGGUGGGUGAGUCAGGGAAGGAUUCCGCCGAAUUGCAGGUAAUCAUUGUACACACUGUUUAGAG